CAUUACAUUACACUAUACAGGCUUCCACAUUACUCCCACUAGCACUCUACUUAGAGUACUGUGCAUGUCACACAUCUAGAAUUCUAUAAUCAGUUAGAAGUACAUCUAUAGAAGUAAUACAGCUACAUGUAGAGAUGAAGAAGAAGCUGGGAAAUGAAAUUUGGAGACUGAGGAUAAACUGGACUUUCUCAGCAUUUUUGCUAUCAGUGCUGUGGAACAGUACAGUCUUAGAUCAACUGUCGUCAAAUCACAGAUUUGUGACUAAUCCGAAACAAAAAGAUCUUAACCAAACGGCGAACAGCAACAAUGUUGAGGCAGGAUUAGGAGGUUCUGAAUUAUUUUACUCGAUGGUAUCAGGGUCGAUUCAAUUUGGUGCUGUUAUCGGAAGUCUAUCAAUGGGUCUUCUUGUCAAGUACCUACCUUACUGGUAUCUGUUUAACGCCUCUCUAUGUGCACUCAUAAUUGGAAACAUCUUGUACGCUGUUUCAUACACGGCCUGGCUUCUUUUAGUUGCCGAAUUGCUUAUUGGGCUUUACCUGGGAUCAUACUUGACCCUUAGUUAUAGUUAUUCUAUAGACAGCAGUGUUGUGUAUAGCCAGCUACAGCAAGAGAACAACAAGACUACUCACAGUGAAAGAGAGAGCUCUAAGAUGCGUGAUUUACUGUUUGGAAUAGAAGGAAUAGGACGUGGAAUUGGAUUUUUCAUUGGACCAGGUAUUGGCGUAUUGAUGUCUUAUUUUUCUGUUGACCAAUUUCGAUCAGUUGGUUGGCUAAACGCAGCUCUGAGCUUGUGCACUCUUAUUCCAUUCAUCUUUUUGUUUCGUGGAGAGAGAAGCUGCAAAGUUAAAAAUUGUCAAAUGAACUGCAGUUUCAAACAUACAUGUCAUUCCAACAUGGCUAUGAGCAAACUAUCCAUGCUUAUAAUCAUUUCAAUGCACCUACUAGCAUACCUGCUAGCCAUUGGAUGGGGAAUGUUCAAUGCAUUAUUGGCCCCAGUUCUAACUGACUCUUUUGGUUUUGACAUAAACUUGACAGCUUACUUUAUUCUGGCAUUCACUAUUCCAAAAGUCAUUGGAUCUAUUCUUUUGGUACUCCUUCAAAAAAUUGGAGUAAGUGUUGAAGUGGUUGGUAUUAUUGGAAUUUUGAUUACCAUUUGCGGCUAUCUGGUAAUGACAGACUGGCAGACUAUACCAUAUGACCCCUGUACCGAGUACAGCCCCUACCACCAUCCAGAACUGCUACAGAAUGUCACAGCAAUGAACUAUACAAGUCGCUAUUCAACAGCUGCUACUAGCAGCAGUCUUCUAUUGCAAAGCUCUAUCAAAUUCAAUUUUGAAAAUAACAGAACACAAUCGUUGUCACUUCAAUUGCCUAUUCAAAUGUUUGAACGUUGCAUGCAAACUGCACAUUGUGACUGUAACAGGGACAAAUCAAAGUGCCUCACUUUUGACAUUGCAGAUGAACACAUUUUUACCAUACAAAACACUGUGCAAGACGAAAUAAAGCAGCUCGAAGCAUUCAACUGUUCCAUCCACCCAUACACAAUAUGUUUAAAGCGACCAAUCAAUUUAGAAACUCUAAAUGUUGAAGCUCAAAGCGUGCAAGUCCUCACAAAUAAUCAGUUCAAUACAGCAAAUAAUGUUUGUAUUGAGGCAAUCAUACCUCACCAUCGUUGUCAUUGGAUACCGAUCACAAUGUUGACAGGGAAGAAAUGUGCAGAUUGCCCACCAAUCUGCAGAAGCACUCACCAAACACUAACUCUGACUCAGUUUGUUGUCGGAGUGUCGUUGUUUAUGAUUGGGUACUCACUUGCCUGGGUAACAGUACUAGCGAUCUCCUCAAAUGUGACACCAAAACCACUACAGGGGAUGAUGAUGGGUACUCUUAACACAGUUAGCACUCUUUCGGAAGCAACAAGUCCAAUUUUCCUGGAUGCAGCUUAUGAGGGGAUGCAGAAACGAUUAUUUGUCUCCACAAUAACAAUUGCGAUUCUGUUUGUGCCAUUCUUGUUGGAGCUACUAUUGCUUCGUCACCAAAACAUUGACUCACCUAACAACAAAGAGGACAAGACUGGAGGCGCUGAAGACACCACUGCCAUGCUGGAUCCGGAAGGACUAGAUAAUGAUAAAAUUAAUAAAUAGAGUCAUUAAUUCAUAAUAUCAUAAUUAUAAUACUCUGCUCAUGAGCUCAUAAUUAUAUAUACAAUAUUUAUAAACUGUUUGUUGCAAGCAUCUUGGAAUGCAUGCUUCAGUGACACAUA